CACCGUCACCACAGCUCCCCGCGCACGCAUCACCAGUCUGUCCCUCUUCUCCUGCAUUCGCACCAACUUUGAUAUCUCUGGGUGGAUUAUACCCCGGAUACAUAAUUGACCCUCUUACCCAACCGUGCAAAAUAAUCGUUCAAUCCCAACCACCCGCCCUCAGACAAAAUGAGCGCCCCCGCAUCCAACGACGGAGCUCCCCCAGGCGCAAUAAACGUCUCUACCCUCACCGUCCCUCAACUCCGCGCCCUGCAAACCCGUCUAACCACCGAACUCGAACACCUAACGACCUCGCACACGAAGCUCCGCGCCGCGCAGACAAAGUUUCAAGACUGUGUGCGCUCGAUCAACGACGGCGUCAGGGGGUCGCAGGCGAAGGGGACGGAUGGGAAGGAUGAGAUUCUGGUGCCGUUGACGAGUUCGUUGUAUGUUAAGGGGAGAUUGGCGGAUCGGGAGAAGGUGCUUGUUGAUGUUGGGACGGGGUUUUACGUUGAGAAGACUACGGCAAAGGCGAUUGAGUUCUAUAAUAUCAAGAUUAAGGGCUUGGAGAACAAUCUGAAAGAUCUGGCUAAGGUUGUGCAAGGAAAGGAUGUGCAAUUGAGGGCUAUUGAGGAUGUCCUAAGGCAAAAGGUUCUCAGCGGUGAGGCCACUCCGGCAAACACUGGAUAAGGUUUUCUUUGCAAUGUACAGUAUAAGUCGAUGCACCAUCACCAGGCAAUCAGGAAUGAAAAGAAAACGAAAAAGAGAAACAGAAAACAUAAACCACUAAAACGAAUGCGUGCUGGCAACGUAUUUCACUAAAUAAACGCCUCGGACCGCAUCUCAAAUUGCAACAAGAGAAGGAAAUCAAAACGAAAAGAGAGAAAGUGAAGUAGACACAAAAGAAAGAAAGAAAAAGGUGACGUUGGAUCAGGACCAUCAAGCCCGUGAACUCGUGAUGAACCAAGCGACACUGCAUUGAAGUUGGCUUCAUUCAGAACAGAGUACCAAGAUCGGUAUCAAUCAUUCCAGUAAGACCUUUUGCGUCAAUAGUGGGUGAAGAACUGUUUGAAGUAGUCUUGCCUUUCUUU